CUACACAAGAAGCUAAAAAGGACUCUAAUGCCCAUAACGAGCCAAGCAGUAAACCAGACACGGCAGAACUGCCUGAUAGUGACAAACCCCAAAGCACUACGAUUGAUACCUCUGGGGAAACACCCUCAGCCGAUGCAGCAGAAAAGCCUGAGGUUGAUUUCAAUAGUGCUCUUACAAUGAAUGGUGUCAGCACAGAAUUGGGGAAGAUAUUGGACAGUCUGGGUCCCGUAGAUCAGGAUGCUACCACAGCCUUAACAGGUGAAGAGGAAGAUGAUUUUGAAAAAGAGUUGGAUGCCAUGUUGGCAGACAUAACAACCACAUCGCCAUUGGCAACGUCAACUACAGGUGUAGAAACCAGUAGUUCUUCGUAAAACAGCGAUUCAAGACAAAACCAAAUUGGUCUGCCAAGCAUUUAUUGUGUCAUGGAGGGGUCUCACUGUGGGCUCCUAAGUAUUUGAUGUGUCAUCGAAGAAGUCCCACUGUGGGCUCCUAAGUAUUUGAUGUAUCAUCAAGAGAUCCCACUGUAAGGUCCUAAUUUAUUUGAUGUGUCAUCAAGUGGUCCUACUGUGGGCUCUUAAGUAUUUGAUAUGUCAUCAACGGGUCCCACUGAGGGCUCCUAAGUCACACUGAAGAGUGGAUCUUCAACUGGAAUAACUAUAUUAUAUAAAGAAACAUGGUGCAGAGCAAUUUUUCAUCUGUUCAUUCAUUUACCAUUUCAUCAAAUUUUGUGAUUUUAUUCAUUGACCUGAAUAUAUGCACUGUGACAACUAUGUGAGACAAUUCUGCAACUAU